UUCCGAUCAGUAAUGUUGGCUUGUAACAAGCGUCCAAUUUGUGUGAAAUAUGUUUAAUGGCGGAGGACAGUUCUCAUGUAUCUAUGGCAACCAACAAAUCAUAGUGCUUCUCGUGGCAUUGGCUUUUAUCGCCACAUGUUACAUUCCAGGCGCGGAUUCACAAACCUACAUCAGACGUGAGUGUUCAAGCGUGAAAACGGAAAUAUUACGCGAUUGCGUUGGAAAAGCAAUAUACAGAGGUACAACUAGCGUUUGUAGAGUUGAUUCCGAGUGUCCUACUAAUUCAUACUGUGAACACUACAAUCCGCCAACGACCUUUGGAAUUUGCUCUUGUCUUCAGGGCUACUUCAUUUUAACCCUCAACUAUAGCCGACAUUGCACCCGAUUUGCAACGGCCAUAGGCGACUAUUGUCAGCAUGACGAUCAGUGCCAGUACCUUCUUAGUACAGAUUCUGAAUGUCGGGUCAAUUCCUGCCAAUGUCAAGAGGGAACUCACUACGUUGAACGGGAACGCCGUUGCUACAAAACCAGUUACCUUGGUCAGUACUGCCGACUUACGAACAAUUGCAUUGGAGAUUACAUGUACUGCCGUGACGGAAUAUGUGUGUGCUCAGUGGGGAAACACCCUAAUGCGGGUCGAAACCUAUGUCUUCCAGCUGUACAUUUAAACGAAAAGUGUUUCCGAGAUGAAGAAUGCAUUGUGGAAUACUCACGUUGCAACAACGUUUGUCGUUGCCGUGUGAGUUACGUCUUGAAUCAAAAACAGACUCAAUGUCUUCCAAUUGCCAGAAAACUACACGAUGUAUGCGAGGAAGAUCUCCAAUGCCUACACAAUAUUCCAUAUUCCCGCUGUCAGGUCACGACGGAAAAUUCUGUGAGCAUAGGCAAAUGCACCUGCGCGAGUGGUUAUCACGAGAUUGGUUAUAAAUGCUACAAUUCGGCCUACCUCAACGGAGUUUGUGAAAUCGAUGAAAAUUGCGCCAUCAACCCAGACACCCGGUGUAUAGACAACCGAUGCCGCUGUGACGAUCACAUGAUGGAAAUCGAUGGUCAAUGCUCAGCGGCCACUCGUUACCUGCUAUACUCAUUCCAAAUAUUUAUUAUAAUAACAAUAGAUUACAUCCUAUGGUUUUAACAACUUGAGUUUUGU